ACGGGGGAAGGGGGGAAGGGCAAGGGGGGUAAUUCUCUUUAUUAAGUCUCUCUCCUACCCUACCCUUUGUGGCCUUGUGGUGGGAGGCGGCGCAAGAAUGGACUACCUCCAAGUAGUGCUGGCACUGAUGAUUGUGACGUUCUCGCUCGGCCUUGGGGCGACGCUAUCGAUGACGGCGCUGGCGGAUGUGAUGCGGCGAGCAAAGAAGCAAGUUUUGGUUGGCUUCUCCUCGCAGUACGGGUUCAUGCCGCUCAUGGCGUAUCUGAUGGCCCGAUGGUCCGGGAUGUCGGCGGCCAAGGCCGUGGGCCUCAUUCUGGUUGGCUCUGCUCCCGGCGGGACGACGUCCAAUCUGUUUGUCUACAUGUCGGCCGGCGACCUGGCGCUCUCCAUCGUCAUGACUGUCUGCUCGACGCUGGCGUCGUUUGGCACCCUCCCCCUCCUGGUCCUCAUCUACAUCGAGUCGACGUUUGCCACCGAGGCGGUCCGUAUUCCGUGGCUCAUUCUCGGCCUUUCGCUGUUGCUGGUUGUUAUUCCGGUCGGCUGCGGUAUCUUUCUCAAAACCAAGUCGGACAAGUACGCGCUGUAUGCUGAGAAGAUUGGCUCGACUGUCGGCGGCCUGUUUAUUCUGGCUGCCAUCAUCAUCGGCAUCGCCACCACCGAUGUCUUCAAGUCUUCCGCCACCGAGUGGGUCAUCUCGGGCCUGAUGGAGCCGCUCGGCGCCGCCUUUGGCUACGGCGUCGCCGCCCUUCUUGGCCUGCAUCCCCGCGAUUGCAGAACGGUCUCGCUCGAAACCGGUGUCCAAAACUCAGCCCUGGCCAUCUCGAUUGUGGCGCUCUCGUUUGACGACCCCACAGUUCGCGACGAGGUUCUCACCUUUCCCAUCCUGUACUCGUUCUGGUACUGUGUCCACUCGAUCUGGCUGGUGGCGCUCUUCCGGUUUGUGCUUUCUAAGCGCGAUCCGCCACGCAGCGACGAGACCGCCCUCAUCGACGAUGAGGUGAGAAAGGACGAUGCAAGCAGCAGCAGUUCGGCCAGCGCCCAAAACACUGCCCGCGCCGCCACAGAAAGCAGCGCGUACGAACCGGGCGAUGCGACGUACGAGUACCUCGGCUCCGGAUCGACAACAUCCGAUACCGAGAUCCUUGAACGGCCCACGCCCGACAAGCCCACAGGCGCACACACAGGUCUGACACCUGGUCCACCGGAUAGCAGCAGCAACGCGUCGCGCUCCCUCUCGGGGUCGUACUCGUCAACCUGGUCGUGAUGCGGAGAGUGUGGUGUUUAGUGGUCGAGCAGCGGCUCGAUAACCGGAAAGACAUCGGGCGAGAUGAGAGCAGCGACCUCAGCCUUAGUGGCCCAUGCGUAGCCGACGAGGCCCUCAUCAGCGUUGGGCACAAUGUCGGAGCCGUUGUCGCCAAGAUACCACGCCCGGUAGAAGAAAACUCUUGUGGCC